AUUUAUUUUAGAUUUUUCAUUGUUAGAUUUUUAUUUUCCAAUAUACUUAAAAGUAGUAAAGUAAGUAAGUAUCAACACUGCUUUUGCUAUUGGUUGUGGUCCAGGUACAGGGCGCAUCCUGUCCAAUCAAUACUCAUCUCAGUCCUUAUUAUGUUCUACCUUUUAUUUAAUCUCUUAUAUUAUUUACUCCUUUUCCGCUCCAAACUCUUUCCCAUCAAAAAUAUGUAAUAUCUAAUCAUUUUCUAUUAUCUUUAUAUCAAACAUUGAGAAGUUAUAUCCCAAGAUUAAUACCACUAUCAUGGGCACUAGAGCUGCAGCAUUUGCUUCCAAAAUCAGAAACAUUCAUGAUUAUCAUUUGCGUUUGCUUCAUAAUGUGAUUCCUUUACCAUCUGGCCUAGAAAUUGCGAAUACCAUUAAAUAUUUCUCUCAGACAUUGUUAACUGUUCUUAAGGAUGUUCCUAAUUCGCCAAUUGAAAUGUUGAAAUAUCCUGAAAGAGAUCAAACUCGAUUGGCUUUGUACCCCAACUUGGACUAUAAAGGUCUAUAUAAUGCUAUAGUAGAAUUAGUUGAUGUGGCUUCAGCAAUUCAGUAUGGACUUCAAACUUUUGGAGAAGCUUUAUUGCAAUGUUUAGGGUGCCUAAUGCCAUUUUUAGACAGUGACAUGAUUGACACUUUACCUUACCUUACUGCGUCAACAAUGGCGGUUUUACCGAAUAUACUGCAUCAGGAAAUUGUCCAUUCAUUAUAUUUCUACAUUUUACCUUUCACUAUUACCAGAGUUACGCCAGAUGGUAAAGAAACCUAUGCGAGUCAGUCUGUACCAGCUGUUUUGAUGAUGAUUUUUCAAUAUUCUGAAGACAUGGCUCAUCAUUGCCAAAUAUUAGAAUGUUUAAUGUCCAUGAAGCAAAAUUUGGUAAAAGAUAUGCUCUGCGUGAUAGCACAUGGUACGUCUACUGCUAGAGCAUCUGCUGCUAAAUUGUUGUUUUAUUAUUGGCCUACUUUCAACUCUAGUUUAUUUGAAAGAAAAGGGAUACCACCUAAAUUCACUAAUUGGGUUCCAUUUUUGUGUCAAAGAGAUAUGUGCCCGAAUUCUGGGACAGCAGAAGCUUCCAAAGUUUGUUACGAUCAUUGUAUAUCUAUUACAUUUGCAACAGAUUCACCUCCGCCAUUAUACUUGUGCAUUGAAUGUGCCAAUGAAAUCCACCGUGAACAUCCCAAUCAAAUGUUUUAUGACAUAUUGCACCCUAUGCAACAAACAUCUGUUACAUGUGAAAAUAAGAACUGCCGUUCCUCUGACAAGAGCAUAGUCUCUAUUUGUUUUUCUUCCGAGUGUGCAAGUUUUAAUGGUAACCAUCCAAUCAGGUUUUGUGCCCAAUGUGAUGCUAGUAGACAUAAUAAAAGAAGAGGUGGUGAUCAUAUGGUUCAUACUUGUCUACCGAAAGCUUGGACGAUGACACCAGAUAUGCUUGUGUAUUUAGUUGAAGCUAUUGUCAGCUUACUGAAGGAAGCCAGACCUACGACACCUGAAAUUCCAAAAGACAUGACUGAUAUACAAGCCAAGGCUGCUUUGUUAAAUGCCUUGACUCAGUCAAGUUCACUAAGCAUGGAUGAGAGGCAGUUAUUAGGUAGAUUUGGAGUUUGGCUGUUGGUUGGUCUGUGUUCACCAAAUGAGAAUACAUCCAAUGAAAUCCUAGGAAGGCUUUUGUCUAUGCUCUUUCAUUGGUUUCAUGUCACAGCAUACACAUUUGAUGAUCAAGCUGAGUGUACACUUGAACGUUUGAAAACAGAUUAUGUUUGCAAUUGGAUGAAUGAAGUUUGUCAAACACAUUUUGGUGUGUUUGUAUCGUGCCUUUUACCUCAUCCACCAGAAUAUGCUAGAGUUGGAGGACAUUGGGACAUGCUAGUUUCCAAAACUUCACACCUUAAAAAUGGACUAAAUAGAUUAUUCUGCCUUGUGCCAUAUGAAGUAAUUACCACUGAUGUGUGGGACUUUGUGAUGCCUCAUUGGCUGGAAGCAGUUGUCAGAGAUGUUCCUGAUAGAGAAUUAUAUGAACUUAAAAUGCUCCUGAGCAAAAUAUUGGAUCCUGACAUGAGUCCUCUAGGAUUUGAUGCUAAAAAGCUGUAUCACUUUGUUGCUGUACGUUUUAAAGGAACAAGCCCAAAAGUUCAAGAGCAGGCGCUUAGGUGGUUACAGGUUUUGACAAUGUUAGAGAUAAUGAUACCUACUCAUUUAUUAUUUUCCUUCUUCGAAGAAGGUAUCAACAGCAUGAAGUUAAGUGAUGCUGCUAACAAAGAAUCCAUGUUAGAGAAAAAAAAUGGAAAAGAGCCAAGAAGUAUUUCUCCUGUAAUUGAAGAUGAUUCUGGUCCUUGUUCUGCUUUAUCUGAUGAUGAAGAACAUGGUUCUCGUGUAUCAAAUUUGACGGGUGAUGUUGACUUAAAGCUCUCAUGUUGUGUUUUGAUGCUUGAUCUAGUUUUAAAACAAUUGGAAAGACAUGAAAUUGAAAAACAUACUGGGAUUCAUACAGUCAUCGCACAAGAUGUUUGCAGACUUCUCCAGUCAAUGAUGUGUGCUUCUUGGUUGAUUCCUCACAGCUGCGAAGGCCAAACAAAAAAUGACUGUAUCCAGUGUGAACUUGUUAUUGUUUGGCAUCAACUCGCUCACCAACUUAUAGAAUAUAUUGCUCAAGAAAAUCUAGCACACCCUCCAGAUCCACCGUUAGAAGAAAUUGUGCAAGAAGAGUCAGGACAUUCGAGGAAGAGCCCACCUGAAAAUGAUAAGAAGUGUGAACCGAAGCCAGAUGUCGUUAUCAAUAUGCCCCUGAUGGAGAUCCAUACAGUGGGAGGGGUACUUGUCAACAUGCCUCAUAUUAUGACGGCCACGGUCGAAACUGUUGUUGAGCAGCUUGAUCUUGCUCCUAUAAUUAUGUCAGAACGAGUCAUUCCUGCUGUUGCACGUGCUGUCACACUAACUGACACUGAUGUAGCCACUGCCACGGCACAAGUUGCAAGGCCAACUUUAGUUGGGGAAAAUGAUGAAACAAUUGAAUCUGGUGGAGAAGAAAUGGAGGAUUUUUGGCAAACAACUGUUGGAAAAUUUCGUUUUACGAUUGAUGAGCUACCACAACAACUGCAGUAUAUUCAUCAACUCUUAAAAGAGAUAUCAAAGACAGAGGAUCCAGAUGUUUUAUAUUAUAUGCUUAAUUGCCUGUACCUGAUGUGCUUACAUGGUGAUGCUUUGUUCAAAGCUGUUAAGCAUCAUAAAGGAUUCAUCAUCUGGUGCCAGGAAAAUCUGCUGAUUAAAAACUUGUGGGAGCUUUGCAAUGCUGAACAUUCACAUAUUUGCGAGGUUUCUGUACCUUUACUUCUUCAUUGCAUUACUAUGCCAUCUGGUUCAGAUGCAUUUUGGAGAGUUUUACAGGAAGAAUUCCAUUCAAGUGAUUGGAGAAUUCGUUUCAUUGCUGUUGAAAGAGUUACAGUGGUUGCUAGAUUCAUGGAUUCUACACCUUUACGAUCAAAUAUAAUUUUACAAGCUUCUCUUACCAAUGCAUUUUGUUAUCUGAUUUCAAGUUUAGAUGAUUCUAAUGUCCAAGUUGCCCAAAGGGCUACUUUAUAUUUAGGAACAAUUCAUGAUUCUGCAUUGAAGUCCUUAAUUAUGUGCCUGGAAACGCAAUUUGAUUCAGUAAUCGUUGACCGCCCUAUGGUUUUGCAGUCUCUUUACCAACUUCAUAAUUGUCUUAGUGAUCGACAUAUAUUGACGUGGGAUUUCUUUUUAAAUCGAUUUGAUGCACUUUUCUUGGAAGCUCAGAUCAAUCUCGAAAAAUCGGGUGAUAUAACCUACCUACGUGACCUGCGUAACACUGAUAUGAACAGCGAAAGUUUCGUGCGAAAGCUACAAAGAGCGCAAGAAGCCUUGUCUCAGUCUCAGUCAGAUUCUAGCUCAAUUAAAACCCUGAGCGCAAGUUUUGGUCAAAAAUGGCCUUACAAAAGAACUAUGUCAGCUCCAGCUUCUAUGGUGCCACGACAGGACACAAAGCAAGAAAAGGAGAAGGUCUACAGCAGGCAAUAUUCAGCUCCAAUAUUGAAAAGGAAAACUUCUAGAUUUGGAUUGGAUGGACAUAUCCAUUCUAUAAAUCAAGGCGAGGAUGGAAAUUUAGCUGGUCUUUUACAUAGAGUAAUUGACCUAGAAGAAGCUGACAAGGAAACAAUGCAUUUGCUGAUUUUUCUUUUCUUACAAUUCCUAUCUAGACCUGAACAGGCUUAUCCGACUGAUGAGAAGUACAUGGCAAAAACACAAACCAUAGUUUUGAGGCAUCUAUAUUUACUCCUGGGAUAUAACCAAAAUGAAAAAGGAUUUCACAUAUCCCCUGGCAAGUUAAGAACCUGUGGAGUAUUCAAUGUGUUCAUUUGUAACCUCCCGCAAGUAUUAGAUCAAAAUCAUUUGAUGGGCGAGGUGUUGAUGAGUACUUGCCUGUUGCUAUUGCAUUACUGCCCUUGCCCGCCUCACCUCACACCUGAUAGCCAAGCUACGCCUGAAUACAGUCUUUGGUAUUUGGAACCACAUGUCAGGAGAUCAUGGCUUGUAUCAACAUUAGUAUUUCUAUAUAAGUAUCAGUAUUGUACUCAGCCACAAUCAACCCAGGUUCAAUAUUUAGUAAGAAUUGUUUUGAACACAUUAGAUGCACAACAUCAUGUAUGUCGUCAGAUUCCUCGUACUGUUGUCAUGACUGCUCCAUCACGAUCGAGAGAUGUCAGUCAGCCUUCUCUAGGAGUUGAUGGUGAUCAUAAUGAUAGAUAUGAAACCCCACCACUGUCACCUAUGUUUUCUGGAGGUGAUGGAAGCCAUGCAAGCGCAAGUACUAAAAGUAAAACCUGCCCAUCUUUCCAAUCUAAGGGUCCUGGUAUGGAAACACAUUGGGAAGAGACAACCCAUCGUGAUGGGAAACUUAGCUCUAGGCGUCAUCCAGAAUACAGUUAUUCGACUGAAGCAGAUGAAACGGAAUCUGAAUUGGCAGCCAUUCCAGAAAGUUACAAGUCUGAUAGUACUGUUCAUGGCAGUUCUCAGGGAUCAUUUGAAGAAGUAGAAGAUGGUUCGGAUGGGAAAAGGCGUUUCUCCGACAAAGGCAGUCAUCGCCCAGCUUGGCUUGGUACUUCUGAUAGCCAUAGAGAAAAUGGAAUCAUUGCAAAACUAGGGUUAAAAGAAGGAAUGAAGAUGUUGGUCUCUACCUCGAUCCUUCCUGUAAAUGCACAACAAUCUGAAGUGCCAUCACUCGCUACUGCAACUGUAAUGAAUCCAACAGUCUUACAAGAUUCCAGUCCAAUGACAAAAUCAAGUGACUCAAAAGGUGAUACAUGGCCAGAAAAUUCUGUACACGGUUCACCAACUCCUAAAAGUUCACUCAGGUCACGUCCUGAAGUAACACUGCAGCAUACAACUUCAACCUCAACAUCUUCUUCAACACCAACUCCUACACCCUCUGCAUAUCCUCCAUGGCAGAUGGAUCAUCCAUUUAAGCAACUAGCUGCCCUGCAUGGCCAGGAGAGACUCUUGCCAAUUGGUACAAGCAGAGUUCCUAAGCCACUUCCAAAGUCGGCUAGAGAUGGUGCAUAUGGUUCACCUGAUUCUCCUCUCUCCAAGAUGGACAUAAUUACAGUAGGAUCUCCCAUUGAAUUAGAGUCAGAAGGAAAUACUUCAUCGCAGUACGAUUCGGUUUCUCAACAUAGUAUGGCUCAAUUGGAAAUUCCGCAGCAGGAAAGGUUAUUGCCAAUUGGUGCACCGCAUAGUAUGGCAAAUUUAGUCCAGCAUGUCAGACAAGUUCUUGGAGUACAUGAUAACAGAAAUACUGAUCAAUCAUCAUUACGCACUCCGACGGAAAUUGAUUCACUUUCUCUUUCUCCAGUUUCAAAACAAGAUAGUUUUGACAGGAGUGACCACGCUCAGCAUACAAGUAGAAGUACAAGCCCUAGAAGAUUGUGCAAACAAGUUGCCCUGGAGUCUCCUCCACCCCAACUGACGUCAGAUCCAGAUCAAGCAUUCUAUAGAAGGCCUAGUAACAAUCCAAUUGAUAACAAGGAGAUCAACCGAAAACAGAAAACGAGAAAAGGUCCAUUUUCUUUCAGUCCUUACUCCAUGUCUGAUCAUAGUCAGAGAAUUGGUGCUUGGUAUGGUGUGCAUCCUCCCUUAGAUGCUUCCGCACAACAGGCUUGCCAUGCUUCAUUUGAACUUAAACAAAGCGAUUUUAGGGUUGGAGAAUAUUGCAUUUAUGAAAGGUGUGGAGAAUGUGGUGCAUUAAAAGAAGAAUAUAGCGAUGAAGAGCUUGGCCUUUGUAUUGUUAUUUUGGCUACGUUCAUUCACAGGGAACCAGCGCUCGCAGCUCCUCUUCUUCCGGAAAUAUUAUCUAUUGUGGCGAAACUAGCAGUUACCCCUACCUAUUCUUGGCAGAAUGAAAGUAAUAUGUACCUUCCAGGGGGUGCAAUUAGCGUCGCUCAUCAAUUUUUAAGAUGUGUUCUGCAUCAGUUAGCUCCAAAUGGAGUUUUUACUCAAAUGUUUCAAACAAACAUGAAUGAGACCAACAGAAUGCAGUUUUUCCGCAGUGUGUCACAAGCUUUAUUGGAUUUUAAUGAAUUGAACCCCCUUGCUCCAUUACAGUUAUUAUUGGAGAGUUUGAAUUCAAAGAAGUCUUUACCAGAUAUUCUUCCCAUAAUUCUACAUAAUAUCGCCUGCUAUCUUGACUGCCUCCCUCUUGAAGCAGGACUCGGUCCUGGAUCUGGUCCUUGGUCAUCCCUACUUACACAGCUAGACAUUUUGUUUCGUAGACUGUCUCUUCAAAUUCAACUGGCUACACCGUUACCAUUGCUCAGAAUAAUGCUCUCUACAUUACGAGUUCCAGGAAUAGCUGCCUGCAAGAGCAUCCUUGAUCCAUUUUCAAAAGUGUUGAGCUGUUGCAUUCAAAACUAUAUCCUGAAGUACCAACAGCUUUCUGAUCUAUGCUAUCUUUGUAACCGAGCAUUCACCAGGGAACGUGAAAAACAAGCUUUGACAAGGACAGUAGUGUUUGAGCUAGUUCAAGCAUUAAAGUUCAAAACAAAUAUACCUGAAUCAAAUUUUCUUCUUCUUAUCAACUUCGUCCUUCAAGACGCUGGUGGAAUGCUACCUGCUCCAACUGCUAAAUUAGAAGAGUCUGCAUAUCCAAAUCUAGAUUCCCAACAAGUUUAUAACACAUGCGCUGCAGAAGUUAUGAGACAGCAUCUGACUGAUGCACUGGAUUUCUUGGCAGAUAUUCACACUAUCACAAAAAUCAAGGUGGCUGCUGACAAAAUUAAGUGGAGACCUGCACACUGCAUACUGUUAAGGAAUGAAGUAGGUGUUCAACCUUCAAAGGAAGUAGUAGGAUCCCCUCAAGUCAACUCCACUAACCCUCUAAAGGAAAUGAUAUGUCUAUAUAAAGCAGCUAUAUGA